GACUUGUCAUUCGGAGGAAUCUGCCACCUGAAACGCGAGGAAGUGAGCGGCGACUCAAUUGGGUAUAAAGCAUCAACCACAUCUGCCUCGAGCGUUGGAAACUGAUGAAAACAUCAGUUUGGAGUUGCUUGACUUUAUUUCUGCCGCUCCUCUGGAAUUAACCGUUCAUUUAUAAAAUCAUAAGCAUAAUAAUUUCUCCUUGAUAAUUGAUACCCACUAUUGCCAUUAUACUGGAACUAAGCUAUCCAGACAGGGACGCCUGCGCACCUGUUACACCCAAGGAGCGCCGCACCAUGAUUCCGCCGGGAGACUGCAUGUAUGCGGGCAGGAAAAGGAGGAAACCCAUCCAAAAGCAAAAACCGGUGCCGGUGAACGAGAAGACCAACCCAUCGAAGCGGCACCGCGACCGGCUGAACGCGGAGCUGGACCGGCUGGCCAGCCUGCUUCCCUUCUCCCCCGAGAUCAUCUCCAAACUGGAUAAACUCUCCGUCCUGCGCCUCAGCGUCAGCUACCUCAGGGUCAAGAGCUUCUUCCACGCCAAUCAGGACAAAGUGCCCCGCAAACAGAUCACCCAGCCGGCCAAUCAUGAGGUCAGGACGGAGGGCCUGCAAUCAUCACCCUUAUCUGGUGCCCCCGAGAGCACACUCAUGCUUGAGUCUCUGACGGGCUUUGCACUGGUGGUGAGCAGUGAUGGCAUGGUCUUCUACGCCUCCUCCACCAUCAUAGACUACCUGGGCUUCCAUCAGACGGACGUGAUGCACCAGAACGUGUUUGACUACAUCCAUGUGGACGACCGUCAGGAGUUCCGGCGUCAGCUCCACUGGGCCAUGAAGCCCUCCCAGUAUCACCAUGCCUCCGCCCAGGACCUCCACGCACACGCCGCCGGAACUGGUGAAGACUUUGUGGUGAACAGGCUCUUCCACUCCCAAGAGGCGGGCGGUGUGCCUCCAGACCUCUCUCCUUUCCUCAACCGCUGCUUCAUCUCCAGGGUCCGAUGCCUGCUGGACAGUACCUCAGGCUUCCUGACCAUGCAGUUCCAAGGCAAGUUGAAGUUCCUGCAUGGGCAGAAGAAGAAGACCCCGUCGGGCGCCCCCCUGCCCCCCCAGCUGGCGCUCUUCUGCCUGGCCGUGCCUCUCCUCAUGCCCUCCAUCACCGAGAUGAAGAUGAAGACCAUGAUGAUGCGUGGCAAACAGAAGGGCGGCGGCGGCGGCAUGACCGGCACACUGGACCACAGUGAGGAGCAGUACCGGCGCCACCCCAUGGUGGGAGGUCUGGGUGAUGGUGUCGGCGGAGGAGGAGGUGUAGGUGGAGGAGGAGGAGGAGAGCCCAUGCUGCUGAACUGCCCGACCCCGGUGCUGCGCCACCACACGCCCUGGACGCCCCUCUCCAAGGACGUCGCCGGGGGCGGCAAGUACAGAGGCGACGGCUACUACGCCCAAGACGAGCCGCUGAACUUCUGCAAGACCACGGCGGCGGCAGCGGGCGGAGGCUGGCCUCUGAGGGCCGGGUCUGGGGCCGGGGCUGGGGGCGGCUACCCCAGGGCCAACCUCAACAUGUCCCCCACCUCCGCCACGCGACUGGGCAGGAUGGGUCACUACGGCAAACCCUACCGCAUGUCGCCGGGCGGCUAUCACCAUCACGCCGGGAGGGCGGACGCCUACAUGCCCAAGCUAUACGGCAGCAUGCAGUGCGGCGGUGGCGAAGGCGUCAUCGACGGCGGCUACUGCACCGCGGACGGCAUCAAGAGCGAGAACGGCGGCUACGAGAACCACCACCUGAUUGGCUACGACGGCCGGCUGCUGCCGCAGAUGCCCAUCAAGGUGGAGCAGGACUCGGACUCGGAGAACGGCUGCGACGCCUACGGCCGGCCCUGGGGCUGCCGGCAACUGCCGCUCGGCGACCGUCGCUACGGCAACGGCGUCUACAACAACGAGCAUCGGGGCGUCAGCAUGCAGAUGAAGGCCGAGGCGGAGUACUACGAUCAGUACUCGCCCUGCCAGAGGAGUAAAGCCAUCAUGUCGCCCACCGCCUCCGCCACUGCCACCGCCGCCGCCUACAACGGAAACUACCAGAACCUGUGUGGCACCGAUGACACCGGCAGCCCUGGCACCGGGUCCGACGGCCGCCCUCUCAAAUGCGUCCUGAACAAAGAGCCCUCGUCCAUGAACCAGUUCAGCCCACAGCAUCAUCAGCGUCUCGCCCCGUCCGACCCUCUCUGUGGCAGCCAGGCAUCCAACUGCAUGGACGGCCAUAACCAGAACCACGCAGGCUACACUAGUGGUGCUGGUAUGAUGGACCAUAAGGACUACGGCCCACAGGACUACAAAAUGGCCUACGAGGUCAAGGGUCACGGCUUGGUGCACGCCAUCAAGCGCGAGCCCAUGGACUCCCCACCGUGGCAUGAUGGAGGAGGAGGAGGACAUGAGCUGCCGCCCAUGCAGAGGGGCAUCAUGCCCAAUUGCAUGAUGGGAGCCAUGACCCACAAAGCCAACCCGUACAUUUACAUGCAAUAGAUGUAUAAGUAGGUGUUGCGAAAAAAGGCAAUCAAAAUGCCGUCUUCGAACUGAACGCACUCUUCGAUGUCACCAGCGCACAAUCGGCUUAUUCUGCUCAGGUUUUCCAUAACUUUAUCAAGACGUUUUUGGGGUUUUUUUGGUCAAAAAGCGUGAGGACCUGUACGUUGUUUUUUUUCUGUGGGUAUCUUGUUUAUUUGUUUCGCUUUAAUCUUAUUAUUUUUUUGAAAGAAUGACGACAUUUUGUUGAAUAUGCACUUUUACUAUCGAGUGAUCAUAAACCUUUUCCUUCCCUCAUGCCAUUUCCACAGGCAGUGAUGGACCAAGAGGUCUGUCCAGCGUGUGACACUGUGUAGGGUGGGACAUACUGUACUACACUAAAGUUAGACAGUGGACUGUUCUUCUGUCACCUUUUGGGAUUGACUGAGUGAGAGUGUUCUUGGUUUAUAUCACACCAAUGUACAAAGUUAUCACAAAAUCAAUGUUUUCUUUCACCUCUUAUGUACUUGUUUUGGUUUUGUUUUAAAUAAUUUAUCAGUGUAACAGACGUAAAAGUUAAUGCAUGCUUAUUUCUAAUCAGGUCUCUUUUGAAGAAAGACAUUUUAAAACUGAAGGAUUGACUUAAUGAUUGGUACUGUGUGUAUUUAUGUGUGUGUGUGUGUGUGUGUGUAUGAGAGAGAGAGCGAGCGAGUGUGCACGGGGGAGAGAGAGAGAGAGAGAAUGACUGAGUGGGUGAAUGUGGAUGGGUGAAAAUGAGAGCAAAACAGAGAGAAUGUGAUAGCUUUGGGAAGUUCUGAAUUGUACAUUUUUUUGACAAGGCUGCACUAAUUCUGUGUUAAAUAAAUGCCCCGUUCUUAUCUAUUUCUAGUUAUGAAAUGAAAUUCAACCAGUCCCUCAUGUUAAACACAUGUUCCCGAGUUGUCAUCUGAUGAGGAAACUCCCUCAGUAAGACUACUGCGUUCUUAAAUAAUCUCUAUGUCUUUUUAAUUAAAACUUGCACUAUAUUGCGAUUGGAUAAUCUGUACAAACCAAUGGGAGUACACAAACGGCUACCUAGACAUAAUGUCAAAUUGACAUGCACAGACAUCAAAGGCACCAUGUCACGUUUCCAUUUCCCUUCAAUGUUUGUACAUUUUCUAAAAAAUCAAUUUGGGGGUCCCAUGAAGACUAUUUAUUGUCUUAGGGGGUUUGUGUAUUUAAAAAGAAUAACUUUGGCGAAGGUUAACAAAAAAGAAAACUCUUUUGUCCAUGCUUUCAUUUUGACACAUUAACAACAGCACAGCAACAGAUCAAUGAAAGAUAAACUCUCGUUCAUUGGCUAAUGUUGUAGCUGCAAAGCAGCACCGAUACGAUGCAGCAUUUUCCUGUUACUUUUCUCUGAGGCUUUUCCAAACCAUGUUGCAAUA